CAGGGGGGAGGGGGUUAAAACCCAAAAUGACCCCUGCCCCAGGCCACGCCUCCAUGAAUGUAUAAUCUCCUAAGGGUGUGAAAGCAAGCAGUCAACAUGUCUGAGAAAAAGAUGACAUCGAGCCGCAGGCACCAUCUGAAGAGCCUGAUGCUCCAGAUCGCUGCCAACAUGCUGGUUGCAGAAGCAGCAGAGGCCGAGGCGGAGAAGGCAAACUACAUGGCAGAGAACUGCCCCGCCCUCUCCAUGCCUGACUCUAUGCAGGAGCUACAGGAUCUGUGCAAAAAGCUUCAUCAGUCAAUCGACAAGGUGGAUGAGGAGAGAUAUGACAUGGAGAGCAAAGUGAACAAAACCGACAAAGAGAUCGAUGAGCUGAAGUUAAAAGUGGUGGAUCUGAAAGGAAAGUUCCAGAAGCCGGUCCUGAAGAAGGUGCGCAUGUCUGCGGACGCCAUGCUCCAGGCCCUGCUGGGCUCCAAGCACAAGGUCAACAUGGACCUGAGAGCCAACCUCAAACAAGUGAAGAAGGAGGUGAAAGAGGAGGAGAAGGAAGCGGUCGGUGACUGGCGCAAGAGCAUCGAGGACAAGGCCGGCAUGGGCGGCAGGAAGAAGAUGUUUGAGGCAGACGCUUAAAAAAGGGGUACAGUGAUUUAAAUGCUGUUCAGUUGCCAAACCGCACUCCAUUAGCUUAGCCACGUAGCACCCUCCAUUCUGGCUCUCGGUAGUUACACACGGUGUGGGUUUCCACUUAGUUUUAUGCAUUUCGGUGGUGGUACUUUGCAGUGGAGCAGGCAGAGCUGGACAUCUGCAGCCAUUACAGUAUACAGUGUCACCUCUAUUCCAGUUAAAAAAAUCAAUGUUUUUUUCCUUUUUUUUUUUCUUAACACAAACAACAAAAUGCUGACAAUAAAGAAACAUAUCAUCCGACUUGUGUAAAUAAACCAUUGGAACAAAACAAAUAAAGCAUUCUGUUCAUUGUGA